CACCUGAUCAUUACCAUGUACUUGUCCUUUAGGCCGCCAGUAUCACAAAACUAGUCACUAGUUCUGCAACUGCCUUACAGGCACACCAGAAAUCAGUUGCCCAUUUCCUGGUUAGUAGUGAAGUACAGUGGGCGGCGAUUUAUGUCGAUUCCGUUUGUGUGAUAGUGUCAGACAGUUCAUUUAGAAUAUUUGGUGAUUUACAUAGUUUUUCAGAAGUGACGGAUAAGCUUAUUACACCGCAAGAAAAUGUGCACAAUACAAAGAGGAGGUAUUUGCAGACUUGUAACGUAAUUACAGCUUGUGUUAAAGAGUCAAUACACAAAGAACUGUUGGGUAAUAUUGCCAACUCCAAAGAACUGCAAUUUAUACAAAAGUCAGACAUGCCACAAUAGUAUGUAUCAGAAAGGAGUGUGAAAAUAAACCACAUUGUUUACUGAAAUCGCCAAGAGAGGGUGCUAAGAAACGAUUGUUACAGACAGUUUUACAAAAUUGGUAACUUGAUAAAUGCUGUUGGACUUUCAAAAAACAGUGUCAACAUUAUGCAACUUACUUACUGCUGUAAAACAGAAAAUUAAUUUUUCUUUGCAGAAAGCUGUUUUGCCGAUGACACUGCAUGAACUGAGAUUUAUCUGGAAGAGAAGUGUAGGUAAAAGGAAGAUUUUGGUAGAGAGAACUGAUGUAACUGACUGGUGAUGCAAGUAUUUUAUGCAAGUAAGGAAGUUAAGUGAGCAAGACAAAGUUCUUUAUAUUGAUGAAACUUAGGUGGAGAACAACAUUAAUAACAGAAAAUGUCGACAGAAUCGUAGACAGUUAAUGGCAGAAACAUAAUUAUUAGAAUGAAAUUUUCACUCUACAGUGGAAUGUGCGCUGAUAUGAAACUUCCUGGCAGAGCGCUUGCCCACGAAAGGCAAAGGUCCCGAGUUCGAGUCUCGGUCCGGCACACAGUUUUAAUCUGCCAGGAAGUAACAUAAUUAUUGUUGUCUGUAUAGGAUCUGAUACUGGUCUUGUGCCCCAUAGGACUAUCACAACAAAAUGAACCUAAGAAUUAUUUUGGAUUGGAUUUAGACUGAAAUAGUUAUGAAUCUGCCUCUCACCAGUACUACUGCUAUGGACAGUGCUUCAUAUCACAAUAAGUUUCAUAACAAAGCUCCCAAUUUGGCCCUUGAAUAAAAUGGGGAAAUAAUUGAGUGGUUGUUAAAAAGUUAUAUGAUUGCUGACUUGUCAGUGACAAAAACAAUAAUAUUUCACUUAAUUGUACAAUUUAAGCAAAAAGACCAAGUAUUUAAAAUUAACAAAAUAUUUGAAACCCGAGAACACACUGUGCUGCAGUUUCCACCAUACAACCGCAGCCUUAAUCCAGUUGAAGUGGCACGGGCAAAGCUUAAAAAUGUUGUCAGAAGAAGAAAAAUUUGCAUUAUGAAGUUACUACAGUUGGUGAAAGAAGGUUUGAAAACUAUCACUCAGGAUGAGUGGAUUGCAUACUACCUGCACAUAGAGAAACUUGAAAAAGUGUGCUGGGUUCAGGAUGGUGUUAAGAAGGAAUAAUGCAAGUAGAUGCCAUAAUUAUUCAUUAGCAAUUGGCGAUGAUCAAGACAGUGAUAUUGUUGAAGAUGUCAUAUUUGGGCAAUAAAUAAUAAAUUUUUUUAAA